GCAAUUGUUCAUCGUACUACAAUCGAUUCAGAUCAGCAUAAAUUCAUAGUAGACACAGUAUCUCAAAUUAUGAACAGCUACGAAGUAACUCUGUCAAUAUUACAAGACGUUGAAAAUUCAAUAAUUUUUGCACGUCUUGGAACAAUUCACUCUAGCAAUCGAGGACAUUUUUGGGGAACUGAAACUAUUGAGCUCAAGAUUAGGCCAAGAAAAAUUUGCGAUUCCAGUUUUACUAGAUAACAUACCAACUUUUGAAAAAAUAAUCAAAAUCUCCAGUUAUUCUGUGGGCAACAAAAUUACAUUCGUUUUAUCACUCCCAAUCUCAU